CUAAGGUCCUGUCUGCCUUUCUCUUCUAAGCCUCCUCCCCGGCUCCUCAGCUAGUCGCGUGUCCUUCCACUCCUUUGUCCCAGGGUUCCCACAUAAAAGGAUGCUGUUCUUCCUCCCCCAUCUACCCCUCCCCAGAGGUCCCCAUCCCACACAUUCCCGCCCCCUCCUCCCCACUGCUCUGGCCUCACUGUCCCCAAUGGUGGCCUCCAAGCUCGUCACUUGGCUCCUCCCCCGCUUGGGCCUUAAAACCCAACCUGCACCCAGCGCCCUCAGAAGCCCCAGGUGGCACCACUGAGUUCCUUGCUCCAAGGGAACCUGCGCCAGCCUGCAAGACGCAGCUCUCCCAAGCCCCAAGGGCAGGCCCAGAGGGACCCGGUGAGCUCCAUCCGAAUGUGACUACAGAGCUUCAGUGGGCAACAGGUCUCCAAGUGGCGACACAGCUGAGCGGGACCCACAGACUGGUUCGUGUUGUGAGUAUCAUACCUGCCACAGGCUCACAGAUGUGAGGACUGACCUGGCCACAGGGCAGCAGAUCCCCCUCCUACUGGGCACGGAGACCCCUUCCUGAGUGAAGCAGGCUGUCUGAGAGCUGCGAAGACCUAACUAGGGGGCCAAUGGCUUCUGCGGGGCUUGAACUCCUGGGGAUGACCCUGGCCGUGCUGGGUUGGCUAGGAACCCUGGUGUGCUGUGCCCUGCCCUUGUGGAAGGUGACAGCCUUCAUCGGAAACAGCAUCGUGGUGGCGCAGGUGGUGUGGGAGGGGCUGUGGAUGUCCUGCGUGGUGCAGAGCACGGGGCAGAUGCAGUGCAAGGUGUACGACUCGCUGCUGGCGCUGCCCCAGGACCUGCAGGCCGCCCGGGCCCUCUGCGUCGUCGCCCUCCUGCUGGCCCUCCUGGGCCUGCUGGUGGCCAUCACGGGUGCCCAGUGUACCACAUGUGUGGAAGACGAAGGUGCCAAGGCCCGCAUUGAGCUCACCGCGGGCAUCCUCCUCCUCCUCGCGGGCAUCCUGGUGCUGAUCCCUGUCUGCUGGACUGCCCACGCCGUCAUCCAGGACUUCUAUAACCCGCUCGUGGCAGAAGCCCUCAAGCGAGAGCUGGGGGCCUCCCUCUACCUGGGUUGGGCGGCAGCUGCAUUACUCAUGCUGGGUGGGGGGCUCCUCUGUUGUACAUGUCCCCCAACCCAGUUUGAACGGCCCCGUGGGCCUAGGCUGGGCUACUCCAUUCCAUCCCGCUCAGGAGCGUCGGGACUGGACAAGCGGGAUUACGUAUGACGCCGAGGCUUCCUCCAGGAACCUCUAUCCCAGGCUCCGGAGCGGCAAUCCUUGCUCUAGCCACCAACCGCGCACCCGAGGGAGGCCCCUCCUAUUUAGCUCACUUGAGACCUGGCUCCAAGGCUGAUCUGGCUCGAACUGACCCUCCGAGGCUUCUACCCAGUUCUCCAGGACGUGCUUGCCCUCCUUUUCCCAGAAGCCUUCACCUGCUCCAGGACACGGGAUGGUAUUCUCCUUGCCUUCAGAGUGAGUGCGGACGAGCCUGGUAACCCCUGGCACUGGUCCGGCCUGGCUCUACUACCACCUCCAUCCAAGAACCCUAGUCCCCCACGGCCAAGUUGGGAAUAAAAGAACAUUUGUAACUGA